AUGUCGGGCCCGAGUGCGGGCGUGCCGGACAUGGACCUGCUAGAGUCGCUGCGGCAGGUGAUCUCGCAGGCCGAGGAACAGCGGAAACGGAGCGCGGAGGCAUUCGCACAAGCGCAACUUGAGGAAGAGCAGAAACGAGCGGCGAAACGCAAGAAGCAAGACCAGAAGCGCGAGCAACGCGCAGAAGAGAUCAAGAAGGAGCUCGAACGGCACGGGUUGACGCCGGAGCACUGCAUUGCCCUGCAUACGGGAGAGCGCAAGCACACGGUGACGAUCGGCGUCGCCCUGGCCGACCCGGACUCGCACCUGGCGGACCUGGUGCUGGAGGCCGUGCGCGACCGGGCGCCGUCGCGUGGCUCUCGUUUGACGCCCUGCGCUGAGCUGCACCUGCCCGACACGCACCCGGAUGCAUUUCAGUGGAUCAUCCUGAGUUAUUUAUUUGCGUUGUCGCUGGGCGAGAAGGCGCCGCUGCCUCCGAGCAGCAUCGCGGAGCUCGUCAGGCUCCAGGCGAGGAAAUGGGGACUGCAGGAGCUGCUUGAGGUCCUUGAUGCCACUCACGCGGGCAUCGUACGCCGUCCGUCCGCGUCCGAGAGCCCGUCCUGGACCAAGGACCAGCUGCGAGUGCUUGUUUCCCAACUCUCCACGGGGCUCGUGGACCGGGAGCACAUGAUGCGCCGCGCGCUGCUGGCGAGCAUCGCCGGCGAGCACGUGCUGCUGCUGGGCCCGCCGGGCACGGCGAAGUCGCUCCUCGCGCGGCGGCUGCACAUGGCCUUUCGCGCCGAGGCCGGGGCGGGGGGCUACUUCGAGAAGCUGCUGACGAAGUUCUCGACGCCGGAGGAGCUGUUCGGGCCGAUGUCGAUCCAGAAGCUGCAGGCGGACGUGUACGAGCGGCAGAUCCAGGGCUACCUGCCGACGGCGGAGAUCGCGUUCGUGGACGAGAUAUUCAAGGCCAACAGCGCGGUCCUCAACUCCCUCCUCACCAUCAUCAACGAGCGCCUCUUCCACAACGGCACCAACGUCAUCACCGUUCCACUGAUUUCCAUGAUCGGGGCGUCGAACGAGGUGCCGGCGCAGACACAGCCGGAGCUGCAGGCGCUGUACGACCGGUUCCUGGUGCGGAUGUGCGUGGGGUACCUCCAGAACCGCGAUGACACAGGAAGGAAGCCUUUCGCGGAAAUGUUGAAGAGCAGCUCAGGGGAGGCACCACAAGACAUCGCGCGGGCAGCUCUGUCCGCGGCGGACCUGCGCGACGUCAGGGACCGCGCAGAGACGGUCGAGAUCGGUGACGAUGUCAUGGCGCUGAUCGAGAAGCUGCGGGACCGCUUCUCGGGGCAAGAGUGGCAGGUGUCGGACCGCCGCUGGAAGAAAGCCGUGCACCUUUUGCGCGUAGCUGCGGCGACAGAUGGCAGGGCCGAGGUGCGCAAGUGGGACCUGCUGCACCUGACGUCGUGCGUGUGGCACCAGCCGGAGCAGGAGGAGGAGGCCAGGCGGUACAUUGCGGGCCUGCUCGCUGAGGGGACGGGCCUGGAGCGGUCAGUCAUCACGUACCUGACUCAGCGCAAAGACGUGCUGGUCCGGGAGGUCUCCGCUGCGGAGUCGGCGAAGGCGGUCGAGACAGUGCUGGCGCAGUUGAAUGCGCUCCACGACGAGCUGGACGUCAAGCUGCAAGGUCUGCAGAAGGAAAUCGAAGCCACGCAGGCCCUGAUCGCACAGGACCUGUGGCUGGACUCGCAGCACAGCAAGAUAUGCGUCGGCGUCCUCGCAGAGCAGCACGCGAAGCUGAGGGACAUGAGCAGGUCGUUCCUGGCGCUACGGGGCGACGCCGAGCGAGCGAUCAAGGACUGGCAAGCCAUGUUCACGGCGUUCUCGCCUAGUACUGUGGUCGACGCUUCUUGUCAGGAAGCGCUCGUCGAUGUGCUGAAGACCACGGGCCACUGGAAGGGCGCUGCUCGCCUCGCACGCCUGGCAACGAGCGAUUACGGCAGUGGCUGGAUUGCGAAGUGUGCCAGCGGGGGGCCGUUCCUCUUCCUGGCGCGCGCACCUCGGGUGGGAGGCAGUGCAUCCAUUGCGGGCUUCGUUUACUCCGGAAACAGCCUCACGCAGCAACUGCGACUGGACGGGGACCUGUGUGUGUUCAGUCUGAAGUGCCAGGCCAAGCUCACGAAGCAAGUGUGGCGCAUGGCGCAGGUAGUUCAAAGCAGCACAGCACGGGGCAGGGGGGUGAAAGCCGACACGGAUGGACCGGCAGCUGGCGUCGAGUGUCGGUAUGGCAGCAUGGUCUCGGGCAUUCAGUGCACGGGCUCCCCGCCCGCCGUCAAGCAGAUGGGGGUGUGUCGAGGACAAGGUUGCAACUGCUGUUCAGGAGCUUGGAUCCCACUGACCGGCGCUGCGGCGCUUGAAGCGACCGACUUGUUCAGCAAUGCUACUUCCUUUGUUUGGGAGGUGUGGAAGCUGUGA